GGACUGUCUUUUCUCCUGUUCAAGGUUUGCUUAAUUGAUUGCUCCAAAUUGUUCGUCGAGUUUCCAUCAGAUGAUACCAUUUUUGUCAUCUUGUAGCCCAUAUUCAUCACUCGUCCCCGCCGGAGUCUCCAAAAUUCUCCUCUUUAUACUCUGGAAAACGAGGGAAUCCUCGAGCUCCAGCAACCAGCAAUCCCAUCAACUUCUCUAGAUUGAUUUCUUCAUCUUUGUAUUUUUUUUCUUUAAUUUUUUUGGUAUGUUGAAAAGGAAGGAUUGGGCUUUUCAAGAAAAAUGACCGUUCAGCUCAAUUCAUUCAGGUCUUAAAGUUUUGGGCUCCGAUUGACAUACUGCAAUAUUCAGGGGUUUGAGGUUAAGGGGACCAAGAGACUGCUCUUGGUCCCCUACUAAUGAGUUGCAAAGCUCGCUGAUUGUAGAUUAGAGUGGAUAAUGAGUGCUACACUUCAUAACCCAUUUUUUGGGGGUCCGCUUCUAAGCAAUACAAAGAGAAAUUUGCUUAAUUCGAAUGCUGUAUGCCCUUCUAGAAGGAAUCUAAGGAAGUGUAGAUGUGCUGAGAAAGAUGAAUGGGUAUCUCGAGGGGCCAAGUUUACGCAUUUUUUUGGGAGAAAUAUUGAGUUAUUGUGGAAGAACUUAGGUCUUCGAAGCGCCUGGGUGCUUAAUUGUGUGAAUGAGCCUCUUACUCGCAGCAGGACCUUGGUUGAGUCACUGGCACCAGUUUGGGAAGAGGGUUUACUUCUUGUGAGAUGCUCUGUAUUUUGUGCUGUAAUUUCUGGUGUUUGUUUGCUAUUAUGGUAUGGGCAGUUGAAAGCCAAGAGUUACAUUGAGGCAAAACUAUUGCCCUCAGUUUGUGCAUUAUUGAGUGAACGUAUUCAGCGGGAACUUUAUUUUGGUAGGGUUCGAGGAAUUUCACCUCUGAGCAUCACGCUGGAGUCAUGCUCAGUUGGGCCUCACAGUGAAGAGUUCUCGUGUGGUGAGGUACCCACUGUUAAACUUCGGGUUCUCCCUUUUGCAAGCAUUAAGAAGGGAAAGAUUGUCAUUGAUGCAGUCCUUUCAAAUCCGACGUUAUUGGUAGCACAAAAGAAGGAUUAUACUUGGUUGGGGUUACCUUUCAGUGAAGGCUCUGCGCCAAGGCACUUAUCUGCUGAAGAGGGAAUUGAUUACCGUACAAAAACACGGAGGACAGCCAGAGAGGAAGCUGCUGCUCAGUGGGCCAGGGAGAGAGAUGAUCUAGCUAAGCAAGCUGCAGAAACUGGCUAUGUAGUCUCUGAAGGAAGUCCUGCUUUACAUGGGGAUGAUUGUUUUCAGGAGAACGCUAUCCAGCCUUCGAGGUUAGCAACUCAGGGGUCAUUCUAUUCAACAGAUGAAAAGCUACACUGGAGAGAUCAUCAUUGCAUGGAUGCAGGUAUAGAGUAUGAUAUGAAGCAUGCAGAUCUAGAGAAAUCUUUUGGAGUAAAAUUUUCUCCUACAGGGGUCAACUUCUGGUCCACAGUUGUCCCAGGGCCUAUACGGCAAAAGUUCAAGAGGAAGGCUAAUGAGAGAGAUCUGUCUAAGGAAAGUGUUGCAGCUACAAGGAGAGUUCUCGAGCGUAGUGCAUCAGCUGCUUCUGCAUAUUUUCAGAGUCUAUCAGGUGGGGAAUUUGGAAAACCUACUCAGUCAUCUGAAGCCCUUGCAGUUCCUCUUCCAAGAAGUGAAGGCAAGGCUGUUGCACAACCCGCUAUACCUGACAUAACCACACCCACUGUUGAAAAUAGGGGAAGUGCUGAGGAUGGAAGAUUUGAAUCUACUGAGGAAGGUUCAACUGGUAAGGGAUUAUUGGAGAACAGUUUGAAGAAUAACAUACUUGAUGAAGGAAGUGCAAAGAUGCUGAGACUGACCAAUGGAAAAUAUGCUGGUGAACAGAGUAACUUACAGCUGGGUAGUUUUAGUUUAAGGCGUGACCCGUUCCUUUUUACUUUGAGUUUACUAAUUAGAGCUAGAAACUCAGGUGAAAAAUUUUCUUCCGUUAGUAAUUUAGGAACUACAGAAACCGAUAGGGUUGAUGUAACUACCGAAAAUUCAGACGCAUCUAAUGUUAUAGAAAGAGUUAUGGAUCUUGGAAAUGAAUGUAACAGAUCAGCUGAGCCUAUCCAAUUAUCUGAUAGCAAUACAAUGCAUGAUCAAGAAGGGUAUACACCUAGCUCUUCUAACCAGAUAGAACGUGAUUCGUCAGCUAUGGUAGACCAUCCAGUUAUGUUGCCCUUCACCGUGAAACUAGGUUUUCCUUAUUUUAUCAGGAAAGUGGGUGAUGUAUGGUCUCGUUUAUUUGCUGGUCCUGUGCAAAGUUUGAAAUCAAACUGGGGUUCAAGAGCUGGGGAUAUUGUUGCUCUUUUUGAAGGGGAAGAUCAAGAACGUUCUGUUAGUACUCAUAAUGAGAUUCCGGUCAUUCUGGAUUCUGUACAAUUCAGAGGUGGUACUUUAAUGCUUCUUGCAUAUGGCGACAAUGAACCAAGAGAGAUGGAUAAUGCCGUUGGACAUGUCAAGCUAAAAAAUCACUAUGAACGUGUACAUGUACAGUUAAGUGGCAGUUGUAAAAUGUGGAGAUCAGAUCUGACAUCUGAAGAUGGUGGCUGGUUAUCAACUGACGUUUAUGUUGAUAUCAUUGAGCAAAAAUGGCAUGCAAACCUAAAAGUUGUGAACCUGUUUGUACCGCUAUUUGAGAGGAUUUUGGAAAUUCCAAUUAUGUGGUGCAAUGGAAGAGCUAGUGGUGAGGUUCACAUAUGCAUGUCCAAUGGAGAAACUUUUCCCAAUCUUCAUGGACAGCUUGAUGUGACAGGGUUGGCCUUCCAUAUAUAUGAUGCCCCAUCAAGCUUUUCUGAUUUGUCUGCCAGUUUAUGUUUCCGUGCUCAACGAAUAUUUUUACACAAUGCUAGCGGCUGGUUUGGUAAGGUUCCUCUAGAGGCUUCUGGAGAUUUUGGGAUUGAUCCUGAGCGAGGAGAGUUUCAUCUUAUGUGUCAGGUUCCUUCUGUUGAAGUUAAUGCUCUGAUGAAAACUUUCAAGAUGAGGCCUUUGUUAUUUCCGUUGGCUGGUUCAAUAACAGCGGUGUUCAAUUGUCAAGGCCCAUUGGAUGCUCCCAUUUUUGUGGGAAGUGCAUUGGUUUCGAGGAAAAUGUCUCAGUUUGCUUCUGAUAUUCCUUCAUCUGUUGCAUAUGAAGCAAUGAUGAGCAAUAAAGAGGCUGGUGCAGUGGCAGCUUUUGAUCAUGUUCCAUUCUCAUAUGUCUCGGCCAAUUUUACUUUUAACACUGAUAACUGUGUGGCUGACUUGUAUGGAAUUAGAACUAACCUUGUUGAUGGUGGAGAAAUUCGUGGAGCAGGCAAUGCAUGGAUAUGCCCUGAGGGCGAGGUUGAUGACUCAGCAUUGGAUGUAAACUUUUCGGGCAAUUUUUGCUUUGAUAAACUUAUGCACCGCUACAUCCCUGGUUAUCUCCAACUAAUGCCGCUUAAGUUAGGGGAUUUAAAUGGAGAGACAAAACUUUCUGGGUCCUUAUUGAGACCGAGAUUUGACAUUAAGUGGACUGCACCAAAAGCUGAAGGAUCACUCUCUGAUGCUCGUGGAGAUAUCAUUAUCUCACACGAUUACAUUACUAUGAAUUCUUCAUCAACUGCUUUUGAAUUGAACAUGAAAGUUCUAACAUCUUAUCCUGAUGAAGACUGGUUAAACCAGAGGGAUUAUGAUGCAAAAGUUGCUUUACCUUUGGUUGUAGAAGGAGUUGAAUUAGAUAUGCGAAUGCGUGGUUUUGAAUUCUUCAGCUUGGACUCCUCAUUUGCAUUUGAUUCUUUGAGGCCUGUGCAUCUCAAAGCAACUGGAAGAAUCAAGUUUCAAGGAAAUGUUGCCAAAACAAGUAGCAUCAAUAAUGAGCAAGACAUGCAUAUCGGCCAUAAUUUGGAAGCCAGUGAAAAUAACAGUUAUGCGCAUAUUCUUUCUGGUGAUGUUUCAAUAUCAGGUCUCAAAAUUAAUCAGUUAAUGCUGGCACCACAGUUGGCUGGAGUAUUGAGCAUUAGUAAUGGGGGAAUCAAGUUGGAUGCCACAGGUAGACCUGACGAAAGUCUUGCCAUGGAGAUUGUUGGACCUUUACAGGGCAUUUCUGAAGAAAAUCUGAAAGAAAAGAUGCUGUCUUUUUCUCUUCAAAAGGGCCAUCUGAAAGCUAUUGCUUGCUAUAGGCCGCUACUUUCUGCUAACUUGGAGGUACGCCAUUUGCCAUUGGAUGAGCUGGAACUCGCUUCACUUCGUGGAACAAUGCAAAGGGCAGAAAUUCAACUCAACUUCCAGAAAAGAAGAGGUCAUGGGGUGUUAUCUGUCCUCCGGCCAAAGUUCAGUGGUGCAUUGGGUGAAGCUCUUGAUGUGGCUGCUAGAUGGAGUGGCGAUGUUAUCACUGUUGAAAAAGCAAUGUUGGAGCAAAGCAAUAGCAAGUAUGAGCUUCAGGGAGAAUAUGUCUUACCUGGUUCACGAGAUCGAAGUCCUGCUGGAAAGGAAAGGGGUAGCUUGUUCAGGAGAGCAAUGACUGGACAUUUGGGUAGUGUUAUAUCUUCCAUGGGUAGGUGGAGAAUGAGACUUGAAGUUCCAAGAGCUGAGAUUGCUGAGAUGCUUCCACUAGCUAGGCUACUUUCCCGAAGUUCUGAUCCUGCGGUCAGAUUCAAGUCCAAGGACCUUUUCAUACAGAGUUUGUCAUCAGUGGGGAUAUAUGCUCAAAGCCUUCAAUCGCUGCUUGAGGAGAUUCGAGGACUUUCUAGUCCAUCAGAUGAAAUUGUACUUGAAGAUAUUAAUCUUCCAGGUUUAGCUGAACUCAAAGGCCGAUGGCGUGGUUCCCUAGAUGCAAGUGGAGGUGGCAAUGGUGACACUAUGGCAGAGUUUGACUUCCGCGGGGAAGAAUGGGAAUGGGGAACCUACAAAACUCAGCAUGUUCUGGCUGCUGGAGCUUAUAGCAAUGAUGAUGGUUUGCGCCUUGAGAGAAUCUUUAUCCAAAGGGAUAAUGCCACAAUUCAUGCCGAUGGGACCUUGUUGGGACCAAAAACUAACUUGCAUUUUGCUGUACUAAAUUUCCCUGUUAGUUUUGUUCCUACUUUGGUUCAGGUUAUUGAAAAUUCGGCCACUGAAGCGGUUCAUUCUUUGCGGCAACUUUUAGCUCCUAUAAAGGGUAUUUUACACAUGGAAGGGGACCUAAGAGGAAGUCUUGGUAAACCAGAAUGUGAUGUGCAAGUAAGGCUGCUAGAUGGUGCUAUUGGAGGAAUAGAUCUUGGGAGAGCUGAAAUUGUUGCUUCUCUAACUUCCACAAGUCGUUUUCUAUUCAAUGCAAAGUUUGAGCCAAUCAUCCAAAUUGGCCAUGUACACGUUCAGGGAAGUAUUCCUGUAACGUUUGUCCAGAACACUUUAAUGGAGGAAGAGAAUACAGAGAGAGAAAAGAAUGAGGGGAAAUGGACUCAUAAUUGGCCUGUGGAGAAGACUAAAGGAUCUGCUGAAGAACCUCUUGAUAGAAAAGGCUCCAGAGAAAGAAUUGAAGAAGUUUGGGAUUCCCGAUUGACAGAAAGCCUCAAAGGUUUAAACUGGAGCAUCUUGGAUGCUGGAGAAGUAAGGGUUGAUGCUGAUAUCAAAGAUGGUGGCAUGAUGUUGUUGGCAGCAUUAUCUCCUUAUGCCAACUGGCUCCAUGGCAAUGCUGAAGUAAUGCUUCAGGUUCGAGGUACAGUUGAACAACCAGUGCUCGAUGGUUCCGCAUCUUUCCACAGGGCUACUAUAUCCUCACCUGUACUACGGAAACCACUCACCAAUGUUGGUGGCACUGUUCUUGUAAAUUCAAAUAGAGUGCGUAUUGGUUCAUUGGAUGGUAGAGUAAGCAGAAAGGGAAAAUUUUCCGUGAAAGGUAACCUUCCUCUGAGAACAAGUGAGGAGUCUCUCGGUGAUAAGAUUGACUUGAAAUGUGAAGUUCUGGAAGUGCGGGCUAAGAAUAUAUUUAGUGGUCAGGUUGAUACUCAGUUGCAAAUAAGUGGCUCAAUACUGCAACCAAAUAUGUCUGGGAAGAUCAAACUAAGUCAUGGCGAAGCAUAUUUACCUCAUGAUAAGGGAAGUGGAGCUGCUUCAUUUAAUAGAGAUACAUCAAAGCAGUCCAGGCUUCCAGCUGGUGGUUACAACCGUGCUGUGGCAUCAAAAUACAUGUCGCGUUUUCUCAGUCUAAAACCUGUUGCUUCAAGUGCCCCAUUUCAUGAGCCUUCAGGUAAACAGGCUGAAGUUGAGAAGGAGAUGAUUCCAGUCAAUAGUAAGCCUAAAUUAGAUAUUCGACUUAGUGACUUGAAGCUUGUUUUGGGACCAGAACUGAGGAUAGUUUAUCCUCUGAUUCUUAAUUUUGCCGUCAGUGGAGAGCUUGAUUUAAAUGGGAUAGCACAUCCCAAACUGAUAAAACCUAAAGGCAUUUUAACAUUUGAAAAUGGUGAUGUGAAUCUUGUUGCAACUCAGGUUAGGCUUAAGAGAGACCAUCUGAAUAUAGCAAAGUUUGAGCCUGAUAAUGGACUUGAUCCGAUGCUGGACUUGGCUCUCGUUGGAUCUGAGUGGCAAUUCAGGAUUCAAAGUCCGGCUAGCAAAUGGCAAGAUAAACUGGUUGUCACCUCUACCCGUUCUGUGGAACAAGAUGUUCUUUCACCUUCUGAGGCUGCUAGAGUGUUUGAGAGUCAAUUAGCUGAAUCCAUCUUAGAAGGUGAUGGCCAGCUUGCAUUCAAGAAACUCGCAACUGCAACCCUUGAAACAUUAAUGCCAAGAAUAGAAGGGAAAGGAGAGUUUGGACAUGCGAGGUGGAGGCUAGUUUAUGCGCCUCAGAUUCCCAGUUUGCUUUCUGUUGAUCCCACGGUUGAUCCUCUUAAAUCUCUAGCUAGUAAUAUUUCAUUUGGUACAGAAGUUGAAGUUCAGCUUGGGAAGCGCUUACAGGCUUCUGUUGUUAGGCAGAUGAAGGAUUCAGAGAUGGCAAUGCAAUGGACAUUAAUCUACCAGCUUACAAGCCGACUUCGCGUGCUGCUUCAAUCUGCUCCAUCUAAACGUCUCCUUUUUGAAUAUUCUACUGCCUCACAAGACUAGCCUAAAAAUUCUCCUUUGUAAAAUUUUAGUCUAUAGCAAACACCCUGUUCCUGAGUUCCAAAACCUAACACUCCCUCCAUCUGCCGGUAUAUAUGUGACGGAACUGAGAUUGGUAAGAAAUGGCUUUGUUGUUUAUUGAUUGUUGUAAAUAUAAAACUAUUCUUUUCCAAAAAGUUCUUUUCCAAAAAGGAAUGAAAUGUUAGGUACAUCUCAUGGUGCUGAGCAGUCCGCACAAAUUUCUUCAA